CAGCGCGAGUCCAGCCGACGGCGGAGAGCGAGUGAUUGACCGAGCGCGGGGCUGCGGGCCGAGUCGGUGCACGUUUCCAGGAUUCAGCAUGGGUGACGUGGAGAAGGGCAAGAAGAUCUUCGUGCAGAAGUGCGCCCAGUGCCACACGGUCGAGAAAGGGGGCAAGCACAAGACCGGCCCCAACCUCCACGGGCUCAUAGGCCGCAAGACCGGCCAGGCCCUGGGCUUCUCCUACACAGAUGCCAACAAAAACAAAGGUAUCGUCUGGGGAGAGGACACGCUGAUGGAGUACCUGGAGAACCCCAAGAAGUACAUCCCAGGAACCAAGAUGAUCUUCGCCGGUAUCAAGAAGAAGGGAGAGAGGGCAGACUUGAUAGCCUACCUGAAACAGGCCACCAAUGAGUGAUGGCUGCCUGCCGCCUUAUUUAUUAUGAAAAGGAGAGGUCUCCGGAGGAGAUUUCUUGUCUUUUUUACAUGUAUCAUAACAACCCUAUUUAAAUUGUUUUCAAACAGAGAAUUUUGAUCAUGAAUGGCUGUUUAAAAAUCUUGUUCAGCAGUCCUAAUAAAGGAAUGGUCAUGAUUACAGCCACAACCAAGCUAUCACUUUUCUGUUUCUUUUAAAACAUUAGGGACUUUUUAUCAGGCAAUGUGCUCCACCUCUGUCUUGGAAAGUUUUGAUUGAAUCAGGCUGCUUUUACUAAACAAUAGGGAAAGCCUGCUUGAAAGAAACUUUCAUAAGAACUUUUUACCUGUGGUAUGUUUAGGUGUGGGGGGUUAUCUUUUGGAAAAAGUUGUGCCCCUAACUUUCCAUGCAUUAACGGCUUAAUUACGGUGAUUUGAUUAAAUACUCCUUUUAAAUGGUCAAA